GGAGGCGUGACAAUGUUUUGAUAUGGUAAACAGUAUUAUCUUUGGAUGUUUAUUCGAUAUACAUUAAUACAUCUCAAAUAGAUCAUUCCAUGGUGAUUUUGACUAACAGGACAUAAACAACAUUACGAUCGAACUCAGGAACACUACAGCUUUGACCCGUCUUGCUUAAAAAGCUCCUAUAUUCGAUGAAACUACGGAGUCUCAAACCGGAAAUCCAGGAUUUUUAUGUUUUGGAAAGUUUUGAGAAUAAUUAAUUGGAUUAAUAAGAAUGAGGAAGAGGCUUGCUUGCUGAAUCAUCAUAAACCAUUCCAGAAGAAGUCAUCCUAUUUGAAUCUCACACAGACAGAUCUGCACAUAAUUGGUGAUGAUGAAUAAUGCCAAUAUUAAGAGGGUUGGAUUCUGGAUCAAUGAUCUAAAAUAUAAGAAGCUGGGCUUCGAGAAGUUCAAAACCAUAUGCUGGAACAGUGGCCUGGAGCUUGUGAAGAUUGACUUGGCUAGAUCAUUGGAGGAACAGGGACCAUUUGAUGUAAUCAUACAGAAAUUGACAGACACCAUAUUAUAUGAAGCUGACCAAGGGGACCCAAAAGCACAGCAGAAAGUCUGUCGAUUUCAGGAGUACAUAUGUGACCAUCCAGAUGUUAUUGUAAUAGACCCACUCAACAAGACCACACAGCUCAGCAGGAACCGCUAUGAGAUGUACUCAACUUUACAUGACUGCGCCAGUGAUAUUACCAAAUUAGAUACUGAACUCCUUGUCCCAGAUUUUGUAGAGCUGCCAACAAUAGAUGUCACUAGGAACAAAGCUGCAAUAAGAGAAGCAAAUAUUGGAUAUCCAUUUGUUUGUAAACCAAGGUCUGCAGAUGGAUCUGAAAAUUCUCAUACGUUGUGCAUUAUCUUCAACGAGGAAGGUUUACGUGACAUUAGGGUUCCAAGUGUUGCCCAGAAACUAAUCAAACACAAUGCAGUUAUGUACAAAGUAUUUGUUGUCGGAGACAUUCACCAUGUUGUUGAAAGACCAUCUUUAAAAAAUCUAAAACCAGGAGAUUAUUCUUCAAUAUUUUUUCACUCCAGAGAUGUCUCAAAAUCUACCUCAUGCAGCUUUCUAACCAAGCUGGACAUUGAAGAUCAAAACAAAGCACUGAUAAAACCAGACAAGAUGACGCUCACAAAACUUGUCAACAAAGUUCAGCGGAAGAUAGGCAUGUGUCUAUUUGGCAUUGAUGUCGUUAUUGAGAAUGAUACUGGACGAUAUUAUGUGAUUGAUAUAAACUAUUUCCCAGGUUAUGAUGGCUUCCCAGACUUCCUGCAAGUGUUAGCUGAAUAUAUCCUCAAAAGACUACAUACCAAACAGAUGCCCCAAGGCCGGACUGACUAAAGCCCUCUCAAGGGAGCUUCAAAGUUUUAGAGAAUAAUCAGUGAUGUUCCAAUUUAUAUGGUCGCAUUCUCAGUCAGUUUGAUGCAAUCAAAUGUUGUUUGAUUUUGAGUCAAAUCAGUGUAAUUUUGAUUUUAAUUCUUCUUCUCAGAAAUCCUAUUUUGAUCUUGUUACAAAAUCUGAUUUUAUUACCCCUGCUACACAACUCAUAUAUCCAUAGAACAUAAAUACAAUACAAGUUUUUGAAAAAUGUCAGAGCUCAGGUGCAACUCUAGUGAAAAAGACCAGAGUGUAAAUUAAGAAUGUG